GGUACUGUUGAGCAGAGAUCAGACUCCUGUGGAUCGGAGCGCGGAUCCGCAGCUGACCCUCAUCACACAGACACACUGUUCGGAUAACACAUCACGUUCAGCAAAACACCGUUUAUGGUUUUAACUGAAGAUUUCACAAUGUCUCGCACCGACGAGGUCCACCGCAUCACGGAAAAUGUCUAUAAGAGCAUCAUGGAACAGUUCAAUCCCUGUUUGCGGAAUUUCAUCGCCAUGGGAAAGAACUAUGAGAAGGCUCUCUCCAGUGUGACGUUUGCAGCGAAGGGCUAUUUUGAUGCUCUGGUGAGAAUGGGAGAGCUGGCCAGUGAAAGCCAAGGAUCUAAAGACUUGGGGGAUGUGCUUUUCCAGAUGGCAGAGGUCCACCGACAGAUUCAAGUGCAGUUAGAGGAAAUGUUGAAAUGCUUCCACAACGAGCUGCUGUCAGAGCUGGAAAAGAAGGUGGAAUUGGAUGCGAGAUACCUGACUGCGGCUCUUAAGAAGUACCAGAUGGAGCACAAAAGCAAAGGAGAGAGUCUGGAGAAAUGCCAGGGUGAGCUGAAGAAACUGCGGAGGAAGAGCCAGGGCAGCAAGAACCCCUCCAAGUACGGCGAGAAGGAGUUGCAGUAUGUUGAGACCAUCAGCAGUAAACAGAGUGAGCUGGAUAGCUUCAUUGCAGAGGGCUACAAAACAGCACUUUCAGAAGAACGUAGGAGAUACUGUUUCCUGGUGGACCGCCAGUGUGCCGUGGCCAAGAACAGCAGCGCCUACCAUGGCAAGGGUAAGGACUUGUUAACCCAGAAGAUCCCAGUGUGGCAGCAGGCCUGUUCAGACCCCAACAAGCUGCCUGACAGGGCCAUGCUGCUCGCCCAGCAGAUGAGCUCUGGAUCUGGCAACCUCCUCUCCAGCCCUCUGCACUCCUCCAAGGGCAACCUGGUCAUCUCAGAUCCCAUUCCUGGAGCACAACCGCUGCCUGUGCCCCCCGAACUAGCUGCCUUCAUGGGAAGUGGCCUGGGCCAUCAGGGGCGGCUAAUGGGUCCUGAUGGCAUGUCUCUGGUGAACGGGACAACGGGGGUCCAUGGAGAAGACUACUGGACGGAGGGUGGGGUCUCUCAGGGAAGACCACCCUCUCCACAGAAUCAGUCUCAAACGCAGAGCCAGCCCCAGAGACAGGUCAGCGACGUCUAUUCCAACACCCUGCCUGUCCGCAGGCCCCAGCCCGCUAAAAACAAGACCACUGUGGGAGAGACACGAACUCUUCCCAGGUCAAGUUCCAUGGCGGCUGGUCUGGAGAAGAACGGACGUUCUCGUGUACAGGCCAUUUUCUCCCACGCCGCUGGAGACAACAGCACCCUCCUGAGCUUCACUGAGGGCGACAUCAUCACCCUGCUGGUGCCAGAGGCUCGGGACGGCUGGCACUAUGGGGAGAAUGAGAAAAACAAGAUGCGUGGCUGGUUUCCUUUUUCCUACACCCGAGUGCUGCCUGACAGUGACGGCGAGAAGUUAAGAGUGAAUCUUCACCAUGGAAAAAGCAGCAGCACAGGAAACCUGCUGGAGAGAGAGGACAUGUCCUUGCCCAUGCCUGACUAUGGUCUGACUGCCCGACUGUUGGCACAGAGCCUAACACAGACUCGACCACGUCCCUACAGCAUGGCAGGCUUCGCACAGCCAGCGCUAGAGGAUUAUGACAGUCAGUUUGCCACAAGCUCUUGCUUGCUUAUGCUAAAUGUGCAAUGUAGUGCUGAUAUUUGUUGGGAGACCAACCCUGUUUUAUCAGAGAAUUGUAAAUGGUUUGACGACGAGAAGGUUGUGUGUCUGUCUGUUUUUGUGAGAGGAGUGAAUGAGCUGUUGGGUUGUGAGAUGCAUCGUUGUUGACCUCACUGUAACCUCAUUGUGUGUGUGAUCCAUUAAGGUCAGGAUCAGAGCUGCUCAUAGUCUGUGUACCCUGAACUCAUUGUCUCUAGAAGCCUCUAGUUGAGAUUCAGUUCACUUACAAAAAUGUUUCAGGUUCAGCACAAUUGCAAGUAUAUGGAGAGCAGACAAUAGCUUCAUAUCAACCCGUCAGUUUAUAAAAACUGUGUACAGUAAUGCACUUACAAUGAAAAUGUGUUCAUUACAAGGGUUUAAAUGUAGAAAUGUGAAGCUUGUACUUUCUUUCAAACAGAUAAAUUAAAUUAAAGCAAAAUGCAUUAUCAGUGUUACUCCUGUUGACAUAUUUGUCUCUAUUCAACAGCCCUUUCUGGUAGCAGAAUUUACUGGGAUUAAGGUUUUUUUUUUUUUUUUUUUAAUGAAGGAAUGAAUACUUUCAUUCAGCAAGGACACAUUAAAUUGAUCAAAAGUGACAGUAAUGAGAUUUCUAAUGUUACCAAGAUUUCUAUUUCAGAUAAAUGCACUUCUUUUGAAACUUCUUUUCAUCAAAGUAUGCUAAAAUAUAUAUUAUGGUUUUCAUAAAAAAAAUUUGCAAAUCGGCAUAUUAGAGUGAUUUCUGAAGGAUCAUGUGAAUAACUAGAAUAACGGCUGCUGAAAAUUCAGCUUUGCAAGAUGGGAAUAAAUUAUAUUUUGAAAUAUAUUUAAAUAGAAAACAAUUAUUUAAAAUUGUAAUAAUAUUUCACAAUAUUCCUGUUUUACUGUAUUUUUGCUUAAAUAAAUGCAGCCCUGGUGAGCAUAAGAGACCUUUGAAAAACAUUUUAAAAAUCAUAACAGACCCCAAUUUUUUAAACAGCAGCGUAUUACUAUAACUUUGCAUAGAUAAGAUUAUUAUGAGAUGGUAUCACGUAAUGUUUCUAUAUUUUUGUAGAAGUAUGUGUGAACCGUAAUGUCCUGCCUCAUAGACAUCAAUUGUAAAUGCAUUACUGUGAACCUGAUUUAAGGAACAAGUCGAAUGAUUUAUGUUGUAGAUUGUAAAUUGUAGUUAAACCAGAUUAUUUCUAGAUAGCUUUAAGAUGCAUCUUGACCUGACCUUUUACCAAUUUUGACCCUUUGCCUUUUCAAUUUGAUCGUUGUCAAUUGAAAAAGGCACUUUAAUGUCUCAUGGCACAUUCAGUAGCUGUGUAGUUUGAUAUUAGACAGGAUGAGGAAUAAGCCCCCCUACAGCCUUCACUCCUGCCCAUUUGUGGCUGUCUUGUCUUUUCUUCAUUUCUCUCUGAAUGUGUCCGACCUGGCAAGCUUCCUUCUCUCUUUGUUCCACAGUUCCGAUGGCAAAUUGAUUUCGACAGUGUGAACACAGACAGACUAUCAGACACAGAUCCGGAUAGCACAGGGGCCACGCCCCUACUUCCCUUAGCCCCUCCCCUCUUAAGCUCUGCCUCCACACACUCCUCCUCCAAUGGAAGGGGCCAGUCUCAUCCCUCCUUUCUGUCCUCUCUUCCUCCCUGCGUCUUGCCGGGGCGAUAGUGACGGUCGCGUGUGGUGGGUCGGGGGGGAACUCUGAGAAGAACGACCAGAACGCAGUCCAACUGCUCGCCUCGCUGCUUUACGGACUCUGAUUCGCCUGUAGUGACGCCGCUAUGACAUCGCUGUGGACUCCAAAGAGACUGCUUACCACUUCCCGUCUUUCAUGCAUGAGCACAAGUUUUGCUAUGUGGUUGUUUUUUUAAAAUGACAUCCUCAUGUAAAAGUGCCAAAAGAAAAGCAAAUUUGGUCUUUUGGAGCAGCUCUCCUCAUUCCGAAGCUCUUGCUGAGUGUUUUUCUAAGCAGAUGUAAUGGGAGCCUCAUGCCAAAUGAGGAAUGUUUUUUUUUUAUUUAUUUUUUUUUAUUCUUCUUUGUGGUUUAGUUGUGCAGAGUGUACUCUCUCUGUGUGUUUUUGAAGAGCAUUUGCGUUUUGUGAAUCCCUCAUGUAUUACCUGGUGCUCCUCUGGUCCAGAGGCUGUGUCGCUUUGUGCCGCAACAAGCUUAGAUUUUCCUCCGAUUCACCGACGAAAUUGGAACAAUUGGAAGGAAAAUCGAAAUUUUCCCUCAUUAAACAAGUGCCAAAUGAGAAUGGACCUAUGAAACUGGAGUGAAGGUCGCAUGAGCUUCAAAAUCCUCGGGUGGGACUGUGCUGUUCGUCCAGACCGGCACGUGUCCGCUCACCCUACAUGCAUGAAAGAAAAGUGCUCUGAGCAGAAACCUUUUCCCCAAAAAAAUAUCCCGUUAUCCUGCCUCAGACACCUUGAAGUAUGGGAUCAGAAUAGUAUCAAAAUGAAUAUUUUGACAGUAUGAUUCAUAAAUGUGUGACCUAAUUCACAAAAUUUGUUUCUCAAAUAUUCCUUUGAAUGGUGUGUUCACAAAUUUUGAAACUCAUGAACUGAUGGAUAACUUUGAAUUUAAGUGUGGAUGUAUUCUUUUCUGAGAGGUUUUGAGUAAAAAAUUUAUUUUGGCAAAAAUACCAAAAUUAACUUUUUGGUAAAAUAGUGAUUGAGAGACGUUUUGGUUCAAAAAUACAUUUUGCCAAAAAAUACCAAAAUUCACUUUUUGGUAAAAUAGUGAUUUGAAAUGGCAAAAUUAAUUAAUUAAUUUAUUUAUUUCAUCAAGUACAUCCUCUUCAGUCAAUCAAGUUGAGAGUUGGAGAUCAAUGCAUUGGACAACACUGAAAUGAAAUGCAAUGUGAAAGGGCCUUAGGCACCAUUCACUCAAAAAUGAAAUGACUAUCAUCAUUAACUCAUCCUCACGUUGUUCCAAAUCCUUUGCUUUGGUUUAUCUUUGAACCACACCUUAAGAUACUUUUAAUGAAUCCUGAGAGGUUUAUGUCCUUCCAGGUAACAAAAAAAAAAAACAAAGUCAACAUGAUGGAGAGUAAACGAUGACAGAACUUUCAUUUUUGAGUGAACUGUCUCUUUAAAUUAUGCCUUUGUGAAUAUAUGAUUUUUAUUUUGUGAAUAUCAAUCAGGUUACACAUUUAUGUAUCAUAUCUUGUGAAUAUAUUAUUUUUAGCCUAUUCUGAGCCUAUACAGAAGUGCUACCAGCCCAUGUCUCUAAAACAUUCCCAUUGUAGUAUGUUUCCAUGCAGUUUUAGGAUGUUGACUGACAGAUCCUCUGGAGCUGUGGUGUAGUCCUCGCUGUGUUGAUGUUCUUUUGUUUCUUCUUCUUUUCUUUUUUUUUUUUCUUGGAAAAUAGACAAACUAGGAAAAAUGCACAAGAAAUCAGUGUAACAAUCACAAUAUGCAUGCUGAGGAGGAACAUAGUGAACAUUGACAUUGAAUGUAUGGUGACUUUUUACGAAAGGAAUAAAUAAAUAUCUAUAUAUUAAUAAAACAUUUGUUCAAAUGAGCUUCUGAUGAUUUUUAAUUUGUCAUCUUGGAUUUGCAAGACUUUGCAUUGAGCUUUAAUGGGUGCUGCACACCUACAAGCAACUCAGCAGAAAAGACCUUUAUUGUGAUGUGAUAUUCAUAUUUUAUGAUGCUAUUUACUGAUAUAUUAUUUGAUCAAAUCUAUUUGAAAAUAAGCCAAAUAAAUAUGGCAUGAGCAAUUUUGGGCCAUUAAUGGUUGAUAUUUAGUUUUUUUGGCUUUCUCACUUGCACCCAUACCAACAAGACAUGCUCAACUGGGUCGUCCACAAAUAAAAUGUCAUCUUUUGAGACCAACGUUUCACGAACCUGAAGAGCACACAGUUCUAAUCUAGCAUAAAGUUUGUGUACUUGUGCAUCAUGACGUCGUGUCCGUAUGAAUAUGUGACUGUGUCCGUGUUUCUGUGUCUGUGCUUGCCUGCUCGCCUUUUUUCUUCUCCUUAUCUUCUAAGAUCUGAUCUGUUUGAGAUGUAUAUAAGACGUGUCAGUUUUUUUAUAAGCAUGCAUUUUAGAUAAAGAACUGUGAAGGGUUUGAAAUUGAAAUGUGCUCUUCAAGAGUUCAUUGUUUUCCAUACACAUCUCUUUACUAAUUGGACCUCCUAACCAAACUGCUAUGGGCAGACCUUUCAUUUUGCACUAUAUUUUGAACCCAUGUCAUUUCUAGAAGUGCGUUAUUGACUCAUCUACGAACAUAAAACUGUGACGUCAUCCAUGAGCAGUCCAAAAAAAAAAGCGCCAUGUCACAGAGCAAGUAACCUACUGUACGGCCAUCGUACGCAACACUAACAAUCAUGUGAAUGCGGUGGAAAUGUAGCCAUGCAUAGCCUCGGUCUGAGCUGAGCUCUCAGGUACAAACCCCUGGACUCUCUUUACU